AUGGCGCAGAAAGGAGUUCAGCUGGACCGGGAAACUUUCUCUUGUUCGAUCUGUCUGGAUCUACUGAAGGAUCCGGUGACGACUACAUGUGGACACAACUACUGCAUGAAGUGUAUUAACAGCCACUGGGAUGGAGAGGAUCAGAAACUGGUCUACAGCUGCCCUCAGUGCAGGAAGGCCUUCAGAACGAGGCCAAAGCUGGAGAAAAACACCAUGUUAGCAGAUUUAGUGGAACAGCUGAAGAAGACUGGCCUCCAAGCUGCUCCUGCUGACCACUGCUAUGCUGGACCUGGGGAUGUGGCCUGUGAUGUCUGCAUUGGGAGAAAACUGAAAGCCUUCAAGUCCUGUCUGCAGUGUCUGGCCUCGUACUGUGAGAAACACCUCCAGCCUCAUUAUGAAUCACCUCCAUUAAAGAAACACAAGCUGGUGGAGCCCUCCGAGAAGCUGCAGGAGAACAUCUGCUCUCAGCACGAUGAGGUGAUGAAGAUGUUCUGCCGGACCGAUCGGCAGUCUUUCUGUUAUCUCUGCUCUGUGGACCAACAUAAAGGCCACGACACGGUCUCAGCUGCAGCAGAAAGGAGCGAGAGGCAGAAAGAGCUGGAGGUGAGUCGACUCAACAUCCAGCAGAGAAUCCAGGACAGAGAGAAAGAUGUGAAGCUGCUUCAACAGGAGCUGGAGGCCAUCAAUCUCUCUGCUGAUAAAGCAGUGGAGGACGGUGAGAAGAUGUUCACUGAGCUGAUCCGUCUCAUGCAGAAAAGAAGCUCUGAGGUGAAGCGGCAGGUCAGAUCCCAGCAGGAAACUGAAGUGAGUGGAGUCAAAGAGGUGGAGGAGAAGCUGCAGCAGGAGAUCAGAGAGCUGAAGAGGAAAGACGCUGAACUGAAGAAGCUCUCAAACACAGAGGACCACAACCAGUUUCUCCACAGCUAUCCCUCACUGUCAGCACUCAGCCCGUCUACAUCCAGCAUCCAGAUCCGUCCUCGCCGCCGCUUUGACCACGUGACAGCGGCCGUGUCACGAGUCAGAGACAAACUGCAGGACGUUCUGAGAGACAAAUGGACAGACGUCUCACUGACUGAAGUGGAUGUUUUACUGUCAGAUUCACCAGCAGAGCCCACAACCAGAGCUGAGUUCUUAAAAUAUUCAUGUGAGAUCACAAUGGAUCCAAACACAGCAGGCACAUGGCUGUUAUUAUCUGAGGGGAACAGAAAAGCAACAUGCAUGAGUCAUCAACAGUCCUAUCCAAGUCACCCAGACAGAUUCACUGAAUGGCCUCAGGUCCUGAGUAGAGAGAGUCUGACUGGACGAUGUUACUGGGAGGUGGAGUGGAGAGGGAAUGGAGUUGAUGUAGCAGCUUCAUACAACAACAUCAGCAGAGAGUCUGUAUUUGGACGCAAUGACAAGUCUUGGGCAUUAACAUGUUUCAAGAACAAAUAUACAUUUUGGUACAACAAGAUCCAAACUCCCGUCUCAGGUCCUCGGUCCUCCAGAGUGGGAGUGUACCUGGAUCACAGAGCAGGUAUUCUGUCCUUCUACAGCGUCUCUGAAACCAUGACCCUCCUCCACAGAGUCCAGACCACGUUCACUCAGCCGCUCUAUGCUGGACUUGAUCUUGGUUACAGCGAUGGAGCUACUGCUGAGUUCUGUGAAAUGGCGCAGAAAGGAGUUCAGCUGGACCGGGAAACUUUCUCUUGUUCCAUCUGUUUGGAUCUACUGAAGGAUCCGGUGACUCUUUCCUGUGGACACAACUACUGCAUGAAGUGUAUUAACAGCCACUGGGAUGGAGAGGAUCAGAAACUGGUCUACAGCUGCCCUCAGUGCAGGAAGGCCUUCAGAACGAGGCCAAAGCUGGAGAAAAACACCAUGUUAGCAGAUUUAGUGGAUCAGCUGAAGAAGACUGGACUCCAAGCUGCUCCUGCUGACCACUGCUAUGCUGGACCUGGAGAUGUGGCCUGUGAUGUCUGCACUGGGAGAAAACUGAAAGCCUUCAAGUCCUGUCUGACCUGUUCAGCCUCUUACUGUGAGAAACACCUUCAGCCUCAUUAUGAAUCACCUCCAUUAAAGAAACACAAGCAGAUGGAGCCCUCCGAGAAGCUGCAGGAGAACAUCUGCUCUCAGCAUGAUGAGGUGAAGAAGAUGUUCUGCCGGACCGAUCGGCAGUCUAUCUGUUAUCUCUGCUCUGUGGACCAACAUAAAGGCCACGACACGGUCUCAGCUGCAGCAGAAAGGAGCGAGAGGCAGAAAGAGCUGGAGGUGAGUCGACUCAACAUCCAGCAGAGAAUCCAGGACAGAGAGAAAGAUGUGAAGCUGCUUCAACAGGAGCUGGAGAUCAGAGAGCUGAAGAGGAAAGACGCUGAACUGAAGAAGCUCUCAAACACAGAGGACCACAACCAGUUUCUCCACAGCUACCCCUCACUGUCAGCACUCAGCCCGUCUACAUCCAGCAUCCAGAUCUGUCCUCGCCGCCGAUUUGACCACGUGACAGCGGCCGUGUCACGAGUCAGAGACAUACUGCAGGACGUCCUGAGAGACAAAUGGACAGACGUCUCACUGACUGAAGUGGAUGUUUUACUGUCAGAUUCACCAGCAGAGCCCACGACCAGAGCUGAGUUCUUAAAAUAUUCAUGUGAGAUCACACUGGAUCCAAACACAGCACACACAGAGCUGUUAUUAUCUGAGGGGAACAGAAAAGCAACAUGCAUGAGUAAUGAACAAUCCUAUCCAAGUCCCCCAGACAGAUUCACUAGAUAUAUUCAGGUCCUGAGUAGAGAGAGUCUGACUGGACGAUGUUACUGGGAGGUGGAGUGGAGAGGGGUCAGAGUUGAUGUAGCAGCUUCAUACAAGAACAUCAGCAGAGGGGAGUCUGAUGACUCUUUAUUUGGACAGAAUGACAAGUCUUGGGCAUUAACAUGUUUCAAGAACAAAUAUACAUUUUGGUACAACAAGAUCCAAACUCCCGUCUCAGGUCCUCAGUCCUCCAGAGUGGGAGUGUACCUGGAUCACAGAGCAGGUAUUCUGUCCUUCUACAGCGUCUCUGAAACCAUGACCCUCCUCCACAGAGUCCAGACCACGUUCACUCAGCCGCUCUAUGCUGGACUUUGGCUUCGUUACAAAGUAGGAGCCACUGCUGAGUUCUGUCAACUCAAAUAACCAAAGGGACAGCAGGUAAAAAUGUGUUUUAACUCUAAAAGCUCCCAUUUUGUUCACCUUUGUGGCGUUUUAUUUGAAGCUUUUAUGUCUAUAAGAGGAUACAUUUGUAGUUUUAUGUGCUAAAACCACCUGAGUUCAGUUGUU